AUGUGGUCUAACGCAGCAUUGAGAAUUUCCGUCGCUCACGUUCCAACACCAAGCUAUGAAGAAGAGGAAGAAGAAGAAGCUUUCUAUACAAACCUGGAGAAGUUCUACAGAGAAGACGACACCCUCUAUAAGGUCACACUGUUCGUGAUUUUAACGCUAAGAUUGACCUUAAAAGAACGCCUGAGGGACUUCACAUCGGACCCACGGCCUCCAAUGGAACAAACAAGGAAAGAUGCUUUCCUAGCUUAUCAUGACGACUAA